AUGGCACCCGGAGACAUCAUCCUUCCAUCUUCCAUUCGGGAGAUGACAGUGACUCUGGAUGAUGUGCAUUCCUUGUUUCACCUUCCGAUAGCUGGUACAUUUUUUACACCAGUUCAUAGAGACCAGGAGACGGCGCUACAAAUGGUGAGGGAUGCGUUAGAGGUUGAUGAGCUGGAUGUGCUCAAGGAGUUUGGUGACACUCGAGGCUUUCACCUCAGGAUGUCUUGGUUGCGGAAGGUUUAUCAGCAGCUUGUCGAUGCAGAGAGGUACGAGGCUGCCGCUAGGGCGUGCAUGCUACAUUUAGUGGCAUGUACUCACUUUGCGGACAAGUCAGCAUAUUAUAUAGAUGUUCGCUAUCUUACUCUCUUCAACAACCUUGAUACCCCGUGUUGGGCUUGGGGAGUGGCUGCUCAGACGAUGCUAUACACGGCGCUUGAUGCCGCAUCUCGUCCUGACACCUGA